AUGGCAAACCGAGUGCAGAUUCCUACUAACAACUCAGCACUUAUAGCCAUGAUUGCUGAUGAGGUAGGCCCGUUAUCUAUGUAUAUGGGUUGAUUUUGUCUCUCAAAGUUCCGAGUACAAAAGGAAAUGAUGACAUUCAGUGGUUAUUGUCUUGCACGCUAUCAAUUUAUUAUUAUUCCAUCCUGUGUCGUGUUCCCACUUCCACUUAGUCAUUUAUCCUCACAUCCCGGGUACGGUUCGGAGCUUAAAAUUGACAUCGAAAAAGCAGGUCCUGGGUAUUUAUAUGCAUGUCCGUUGAUUCUUAUCUUUAUGAUCUUUGUAACCUCCUUUUAUGUAGCCUAUCGACUUAUGCGGUGUGUUUUUUUUCUUAUGCAAAUUAUACUAUUGGUCCAACUGAUCACCUAGUGACGGGCCAACUACUGGGGGGCAUAGAAUAUCACAUAAAUUACUCGGGGGACAAUUUCUGUAAAUUGACAAUCACAUAAAUAUCACAGAUUGCAAAAUAUUUAAAGUGAAGAUGAGGGAAGAAAUUGUUGACACCAAUGCAAGAGACAGCAGAUACACCAUCUCUGAGGCAAUCUAAUGAGGAGGAAGUGACUGAAUGAAUACUGGCAAAACGAACUCACUUCCACCCUUUAGUAUGGAGAUCCACAAUUGGUUUGCACCAAUCAAGCUGCCACUAGAGUCCCUCAAGCUGACAUUUGACCCAAAAUGGGCUGCACCCUCACAUACACUGAAUGCACCACAUGCACGUGAAAAUUCUGCAAACUAAAUGAUUUCGAUAGAGUGAAUGAUUGAUGAUAAGCUAGUAGAGCAUGAUGGGUAAAUGAGCUCCAGGUUCGACAGAUAUUGGCUUCUAUACUCGAUCCAACAUUAAGGAAAGAAACUGUCACCACCCCUUGUCGAAGUCCUAAAAUUUCAGAAGUUCAAUGAUAAAGAUAUAAAGAGAGUUCAAAACUAUAUUGCAACAAUGGCCUUAUGUAGACCUAUGCCACGCUUUAGGCAAGCUCAUAUGAAACUGAGAUUUCUGAAGUAUAUAUGUUAAGUGAAUUUAUGCUGAUUCUUUUUCUGUCGGGCAAGGUUGACCAACUUGGUUUCAUGUCGGUGCACCUCAGCUCCAGUUUGCACUUGUUCACACAUUAAACUCUUCUGAAAAAAACUGAUUCCCCUUGACAUUCUGAGGAUCAUAAUCUUGAAAAUCGAUUCAACUUGCAAUGUACUUCUCCAUCUGUGCCAUAGUUCGCUUAAACUGUGACAAAAUUGCUGAAUUUUCCACCGUCCCACUGGUCUCACCAAACUUUUGAUCUCACAAAAUUUGGCAUCAUUUUCUUGAAAGCUAAUAUAAACCUCAACAGGCGGCUAUACUUGUGUUUCAUUAGAUUUUUGUCCCUGUCUCGAUGGGUGAUACUCAUGGAGAUGCUGCUUCUUUAGCUGCUUUAUGAUAGUUUUAUUUAGAAUUCUGUACUCGUAUUCAAUAUAAUGACUGAUAAAUGGGAGAUGCUGCUCUUUUCUGGUCAGACGAUUUUAGAAGCAUGAAUUUUGUGUUGGCUCUUCUUGCUCUCUUAUACAUGUUCAUAGGACUGUGUAUGCAUGUAGGCUUGUUAUUUCCAUUUAUCAUGGUUUUUGAUGGUUUAUUUGUCUUUUAACAUAGGAUCUAGUAUUUCUGAUUUUCUUGUUAGCAGUCCAUUUUUGUGACUUAUCGACAUACAUUCUUCUCCUCUGGAGAGCUGCUAAUAUUUUUUUAUCUCAUUCAUGUAGGACACUGUGACUGGUUUUUUGCUUGCUGGAGUUGGCAAUGUUGAUUUAAGGAGAAAUACAAAUUAUCUCAUUGUAGACUCAAGUAAGCCUAUGGAACAAAUGUAACGCUUUCUUAUUGUUUCUUUUAACACAAUUGUGCUGGUGUAAAAGAUGUACUGUCACUUUGUCCAGUAUCGAGCCCUGACUUGCUGCAACUUGAUUUUUCAAGACUGUCCUAUUUGCAAUAUUUGAAAUUCAUUUAUUAAAUGUUGAUUUGCAACAUAUUUUUUGUGUCCAUAGCGAAACAGUUCCAUUUGUAAUAUUUGCUUUUAAAACCUUUGCUUAUUGUUGAGGGUUAUAUAGUUUUCUAUUUUUCAUUUUUCAUUUUUAAGUAAUAUUGUAUCUCCUUGUCAUUCGUCCACAAAAUGAUAUAACAGUUUGUAAUGGUUAUAUCUUGUUGAUUUGUAACAUAUUGUGAAACCAUCACAAAUAUUCAAUUUCGCUCUGGAAGUGAAUGUCCCGUUUCUCAAAUUUUGAAAGUAACAGUUGAAAUUAUCAUAAGAACAAAUGUCGAGGUAUUGGACCAUUAACUAAACGGUUGUCUAGUAAGCCGGAUUGGUGGGCUGAAAUUAAGUGUUUUGCCCUUUGAUUUGACUUCUGGAAUUUGGUGCAUCUAGUUACUGGAACCCCUUCUGAUAAAUUUCGAGGAUUUCUCAGAUAGCAGAAAAAAUUAGAAUAAUUUAAGACACAUUAUGCAUUGUUAUUUUGUUUUGAGGACUUGAUUCUCAUGACAUUGAGAUCACUUUUAAGUUAGUCGGUUACUUUCACAUCCCUUGCUCCUGAUGUUGAUGCCAUAUUGUCUUCUUUGUGAUAUUUUCUGGGCCCGGUAUUCUUCUAGUUGACCUGAAGAACUGUUAAUUGUGUUCUUUUGACGCUCUUUUUACUGAUCUAAAGAAGACCUUGACCCCUCGUGGCUGAAUAUGCGGGUCAUCUAUUCAGUCGGUCUCUUGUGGCUGGACUUAGUAACAUGAUAAUCCUACAGAGAGUGAUCAUUCAUCGAACUUUUCCUUGUACCUUUUCUUCGAUCGUGUUAAUGCAUUUUAGCAUAGACCUUACAAAAGGGAAAGACAAGUCGAGAUUCUGGAAAAAGAAAGACAAUUUACACUUGCAUCCUUGUAACCCCCCAUACCGCUUAUGUAACCUCAGCAUAUUCUCUUAUAAGUUCUAGUUAAUGGCAUGUAUCUGUUGUACCCAUAUCGCUACCAUAUUUCAUGAAACAACAGUUGAGAACUGUAAGGCUUCCUGCCUGGCUGUUGUCUAUUGAAAAUCCCACAGUGAUAGUUUUCUGAAGAUUCUCCAUGCUCUGGACACUAGCGCCACCUCGGGAGGAAACGGGUCUCAGGAUAGAAAAGAUGUCCUUGUAUGCUGUCAAUUAUGUCUGCGUAAUGUGUUUAGCAUUACGCAGAGAGUCAGGAUAGCACAUAUGCGGAUCUUGCCCAUCAGCGUCCCAUUUUAGUUAGGGAUUUAGAGGACCGAUCCAUUUAUGUUUUUGAGCUCCUUAUCUAUUAUAAGAGUGAUACCAUCCCUGGUGACUCUCUUGACUUGAUAGACGAUGCACAUUACAGGAGGAAGUUCUCUUAGUAUACUCUUCUCUUGGUGACACCACCCCCUAGAAUCUAAGAACGAAUUCAAUGUAAAAUGACAUAGAAUACGAAAAACAUAAAGCAGUGGAUAUAACGAAAAUAGAGUAAAGAAAAAUGUUUUAGUUUUUGUAACUUUCUUCUAUGCUACUUCUGGCAGAUGCAAAUUCGAAUUGCAACAGCUUAGAUAGAUCCAUGGUUGUGAAAACAGUAAUCAUAAACAGCCCAAGAAACUGUCGAUGCCGCCAUUAUCUAGAAAAAUGUUGCUCUUUUGUAUUAUCCACUUAUUUAUUCAUUUUUUGGUGUGCUUGGAUAUAUGCCAUAAGUUAGCCUGGUUUAUCGGUGAUUUUAUGCUAUCCAGAAACUACGGUGAAAGCAAUUGAGGAUGCGUUCAAAGAGUUCACCACAAGGGAAGACAUUGCUAUUGUGCUGAUCAGUCAGUAUGUAAGUUCAAUAGGAUGGCAUAAUGUGCUUUCCGUGUGCUUAUUUCCUGCAAAGAGGUUGUCUUUAUUUCGUUUUUAUAUUUAUCUUGGCUUGUGCAUUCUAUUGGGUAAGACUUGUCUAACUGACCAAACUCACGAAGCUAGUUUAUGAGAUUCAGGCAGAACUUAGGUUGAAACAAGAACUGAGAAAUCCAAAUGUUUUGAGUUUCCAUUCAAGCACUAUUUUAUGACCUUUUGCAUCUUACCUGCGUUAUCUGAUAGAAACAGAUUAUUGCUUUCAAAAUCUCGAUUUACUUUCUGGUUUUUUAACGUUUUUGCAGUAAUGUACUAUUUUUAUCAAUUUGAAUUAUAGUCAUUUUUUCUGUUCAUUGCAUUCAUGACCAGGAGGGAAACGGCUAUUUCUGAUCUCUGACAUCCGAAGAACUUCAACUAAGACACUAUCUAUUAAAAUUCUUUAAAACAUACUCUUUUAGUAAUUAUGGUCAUGGAUUUGUACUGAACUAUUCAGCAUCAAAGCUGUGCGAAAUAAAAUCGUGCUGUAAUCUGGGCUAUAAAUUUGAACUCUUUUGACUACAUAUCAAGCAGGAUUUCGAACACCUCAGAUUGUUGGAAUGUGAAAGGAUUAUGAUACGACCACCACGGAUACCGGUGACGAAGACAAGCAGAAAAAUAAUGAUUGAACAGUAGCCGAGGAACGAAAACACAAAGAAGGAUAAAUCUUGGUUCCGUAGGACUCUAAAAGACUGCAUCCCCUUUCCCUCCGUCGAGAACCCUAUUUGUGUGCUCAGUCCCCUUGGACAUUUGUUAAAAGCCCCCUAUACUUAAGACUUUUGACUCUUUUUCCCUCAUACCCUAGUAAAUUGUGUUGGGCUAGUAUCAGAUUUCUAAUCUAUUAGUCAGGUGGCUUCUCUGAACUCAACUCCUUGUUGGAAUGAUUCUCAAGGACUGCUGCCUUCGUACCUUUCCUUUUAAGGACUCAACUCAUAUCCUGGUUAUAUCAAUUUCGGUCGUAAUCUCACACAGAUUAAUAGCACACGACCAUUUAGGUUGGGCAUCCAGCGACAGCUGAGAUUUCUUUCAUUGCUAACUGUAGCUCUUCAGUCUUUGAUCUUCUCUCUCUAGAUAUGGAAACCCAAUAUUCUUCAUCUGUUUCUAAAGGGAGAAACUCUCAGUAAUCCUUGACGGAAAUUAUGGAACUCUUUGUUCAGGUGGCAAAUAUGAUCAGGUUUCUCGUCGACAGCUACAACAAGGCGGUUCCUGCGAUCCUGGAGAUCCCUUCCAAGGAUCACCCGUAUGAUCCCGCCCAUGAUUCCGUUCUCUCCAGGGUGAGGUACCUGUUCUCGUCGGAGUCGGUCUCCUCAGGGCGGCGCUAG